AUGAAUCAUCACCAACGCCGAAAACAUCACUCAUCCCGCCGUCGCGAGAGUGAGAGGAGAGAGGCACGAGAUCGAUGGUCGCAUGCCGAUCCAAACCACCCGGUCGAACUCGGCGAGAUCCGCAAGGAACAAGGUCACACUCCACAAUGCCGUGAGGUGAGACCACGCAGGAGAAGAGAGGAAGAACCUUCAGGUUGUUGUAACAUCAUGCGUAAUUCUCUUCGAAAGUCCUCCGCAAAUGAUCAACAGCAUCUAAUCCCUCAAAAUGUGCAAAUGAUCGAAACCCAAGAAUAG